AUGUACUUUGCUCAAGAAAGGUUUGAUGAUGCAGCUGAAGCCAUAGAGAAAGCUUCAAAGUUUGAUCCCCAUAACAUUGAAGUUCAAAUUUAUAAGAAAAUUUUGAAACUGAUUCAAAGGGCUCUGUCAAAUAACAAGCUGGAAAAAUGGGCUGAAGCAAUAAGGGAUUAUGAGAUCUUAAGUCAGACACUACCUUGUGAUAAAUACAUUGCUAAAUCCUUGUUUCAAGCUCAAGUUGCAUUGAGGUUUUCUCGCGAUGUGAAGAAGUUUCUUUGUCUUGAUGAGUUUCUAAACUGCAUUGGCCCGUACCGAAAAGUUAUAUCUUAA